UGAAAGUGAUCUAUGCCCGCAGUACUAUUUUCAUUGCUAUAUUAUGAGAUAGGCUUCCCAUGAAUGUUUUUAAUCCAAUAGGCUUUAUAUUUUUUAGCCAUGAAAAGAAACAUCUUCAUAUGUGUUAUCCUUCUGAGCCUUGUAGUUGAAAAAGGUUUUGGAUGUUUCUGUGACCAUUAUCCAUGGAGUUCUUGGUCCAGAUGUUCAAAAACUUGCAAUUUUGGGAGACAAAGCCGAACCAGAGCAAUAGUGCGAGAUGCUUAUUAUAAUAAGAAUUUUUGUGAAGAACUGUGCCAAUGGGCUGAAUUUCGGGCUUGUAGCCAGCAAGCAUGUCCUAUCAACUGCCAACUCGGUGACUGGGAAGAGUGGUCAGACUGUGACCCGUGUGUUAAAAAGCAGUUCCGUGUCAGGUCUCUGCUACAACCAUCUCAGUUUGGAGGUCAGGCUUCUUGUGGGCAAAUGGUGGAUGACCGGCCAUGUUUUCCAGAAAAUUUAUGCAACAUAGAGGAAGUGAAUUGUGGAAAUAAGUUUCAAUGUGAUAGCGGACGCUGUAUUGCCAGGAAGCUAGAAUGUAAUGGAGAAAAUGACUGUGGAGACAAUUCAGAUGAACAAAAUUGUCGGAAAAUAAAGGCUGUCUGCAAGUCAACAUUGGAAAGCAUACCCAGCGUGCAACUCAUGGGCCUCGGGUAUCAUAUCCUGGCUGGAGAAACCCGUGGAGAAGUCCUUGAUUAUUCAUUCAAUAACGGUAGCUGUGUUAUGCUGAAAAGUGAAAACCAAAGAACUAGAUAUCGUCUACCUGCUAACCUCUACAACAUAACUUUUGAGGUGGAAGUUCAAGAAGAUGAUGUGAUAACAAAUUUCUACACCAGCUUAACAUCCUUGGUCCGUUCUCAUGAUAAAACCUCCUCUUCUUGGCAUAAUCAUAGGAGUACUAGUGGAAUCCCCUAUUUUUGGGGCUCAAUAUCAACCACAACAUCAGCCUCAUCUUAUCAGUUCAACCAAGCCAUGAAAGCAUCCCAAAAAAUGUCUUCCAAUUAUAUUAGGAUCCAUAAGGUGUUUGCAGUUUCAAAUUUCAUGGUGAAAGAGCAAGAUCUGCAGCUUUCUGAGAUAUUCUUAAAGUCUCUCAACAAUUUGCCUCUGGAAUACAACUAUGCCCUUUACAGCCGGAUUUUCGAUGACUUUGGGACACAUUAUUACACAUCUGGUUUAUUGGGAGCCAAAUAUGACCUCCUGUACCAGUUUAGUGAGGAAGAAAUAAAAAAUUCAGGUUUAACAACAGAACAAAUGGAAAAUUGUGUACGAACAGAAACACAGAACUAUGUUUUCUUCGUUAAGACAACUGAACAUCAUGAGUAUUGCAGACAAAAUAAGCUUACAGAACGCCAUGAAGGUUCCAUGUUGAAGUCAUCUGAACGGUCCAUUUCCCUGGUUAAGGGUGGGCAGGCACGGUAUGCUGCAGCUCUAGCCUGGGAACGGAAAGGCUCUUUGCCAGGACACGAGAUCUUUAAUGAGUGGCUGGAAUCAGCCAAGAACAAUCCAAUUGUGAUUGAUUUUGAGGUUUCCCACAUUGUGGAUUUGGUGAAGAAUUUCCCAUGCUCUGCAACAAAACGUUUUAAUCUCAGGAAGGCCUUUUCUGAAUAUAUGAGCAAAUAUGACCCCUGUCACUGUGCCCCGUGCCCCAAUAAUGCUCAACCAGUUUUAUCAGAAACUGGAUGCCUCUGUGUAUGUAAGUCUGGAACAUAUGGAAGCAACUGUGAGCUGCGAGCGCCUGACUACAAAUCAGUUGCAGUAGACGGCUACUGGAGUUGCUGGUCUGCAUGGAGUGCUUGUGAUGCAUCUUUUAAGAGGCAAAGAACUCGGCUAUGCAACAAUCCUGAACCCAUGAAUGGAGGAAAACCUUGUAAAGGUGACGCUGAAGAUGAGGAACGGUGUUUUAUUUCAAUGUUUAAAAGCCAGGGUGCUACUUGUGUAAACGAUGAUGACUAUACUGAAGAAGGCCGGAUAAAACCUAAAUGUGACACAGGAUGUUUCACUCCAGAAGCACCAGAAAAUGGAUUCAUCAGGAAUGAAAAACCAUGCUAUGAUGUUGGAGAACAAGCAGAAGUGCUUUGCUUCAGUGGUUAUUUUCGCUCAGGAUAUCCGUUCCUUCGCUGCCUUGCAGACAAAACUUGGGCACAACAACAGAAUGUUGAAUGCCAAUGGUUGGCUUGUGACAGACCAUUAGUUUCAAAUGCUGUCCAUGUGACCCCAUUUAAAAUUCAGUAUGAUGUUGGGGACAAGAUCCACCUGAGCUGUCCUAGAGGGUACAGUCUUCCAGGCCCAGAGGCUUUCAUAUGUGGGGACCAAAUGUCCUGGAUCCCUGCUAUUCUGAACUCACUUGAUUGCAGGAAAAGUGAGCCACUUCAGGUCAAAGAUAAUUGCAGUCUUGGGAAAAAAGAGGUGGAUUCCCAUUGCGUCUGCAUAUCCCCAGAAGAGGACUGCAACACCGGCUCAGAAGGUAUUUGUGUAUUGGAUGUACAAUCUGAACAAACUGUUACAAAUCCUAGCUGUCAUUUUCUGGCCGAAAAGUGCAUGAAUGAUGAACAAGUCCAUUUUAUCCAUAAUGGACCUUGCAAUGAUGACACCAGGUUGACGUGGGCUAUUGAGAGAGCAAAUCUUUCAGCAAAUGCAAGAAAGAAAGAGCCUUGUGGAUAUGAUGUAUGCUAUGACUGGGAAAGAUGUUCAGAAGAAAGGUUGCGCUGUAUCUGUCUGCUUCCAAAUCAGUGUCCAAAGGGUGAAGAACAGGUCUAUUGCAUUCAAUAUGGGUCUAGAAACCAAAGGAGGACAUCAACCCUCUGUGUACUUGGAGCCAUGAAAUGUGCCAACAUGAAGGCAACUCUGUUGCAUCCUGGGAAAUGUGUGCCAUAAAAUGACAAACAGAUAUUUGAUGUACUCAAUCCCAUUUCAAUCACAGUUCAAAAUAAAUUCAUUGAAUUAAAAUGUUGAUAUAAGAACUGAAUUUUUGUUUAUAUCCUACUAAUGGUUUCAGUUGAAUCUACAUGAAAUUAAUGAAUCUCAGCAUUUUGGGGGUUUUGAGAACAAGUGGUUAGCACAUUUAUAAUAUAACAAUGAUGGCUAACCUUUUUGCUGUCGCGGGCCAAAAGUGGGGGGAAUCUGGGGCGGCCGUGCCCACACCCAUAAUUCAUUGCACCCACCCACCCCGCGCAUGCGCGUGCAACCCCCCCCCACUCCUCCCGCUUUUGGCACGUAAUGGCAGGAUGGGCCUGAUAGGGCCGUUUUUCACCUUCCACAGGCUCCAGAAGCUUUCUAGGACCCUGGAGAGGGCGAAAACAGCCUUCCCCUCACCCCUGGAAGCCUCAGGAGGCCAGAAACAGCCUGUUUCCUGACUUCCAGUGAGCCUGGAAGGCCCAAAAUUCAGCUGGCUGGCAUGUGCAUGCACACUGGAGCUGAGCUAGGGCAAUGCUUGCGUGCCCACCGAUAUGGCUCCACAUGCCACCUGUGGCACACAUACCAUAGGUUUGCCAUCACGGUAAUAUAACUACCAUCAGAGGUUACUUGGGCACUGAUAGUGUGUAACGAUGGGCAUGGACAUCACAAAAUAUCCCAAAAUCAAACUACUCUCCUUAAAAAAAAAUUGUAUCCUAGAGAUUUGCUAUUUCCAUAUAAGCUGUACAUGAAAUGUUGAGUAUUUCAUUCCAAAAGCAGGUAAGAAUAAGGGCCAUGUCCUCUUCCUAAUGCUGCAAUUAUAGUAGCCCUAUAACUUGAAAUGCCUUGUUUCAGAUGUGUUAGAAAUGAGUAAUACUGGCAUUACUGAAGGUGGGAGCAAAACAGAGAGAAAAGUAUUUGACAAAUUGGCUGGCUUUCAGGUAGGGGAUAUCUCUAAUGUGCCUAAAAUUGUAAAGUCGUGAGAUUAACACAGUAGUAACUGUUACCAUUUUUUUUCCUUUUAAUAAUAGUAAUGGGUCGUGCUGUUUCUUGUAUGCUGAAUUCAGGUUCCUCAAUGAUACUGAUAAUUUGAAAUUGUCUAGUAAAUAAAAAUCCACAGUGUGUUAUCAUUGGCCAUGAUGGCUGGAGAUAGUUAGCGGCAUCCAGAAUUAGCGGCAGAUUAAGUAAGGCUAUAACAGGGGUCUCCAAACCUGGCAACUUUAAGACUUAUGCACUUCAAGUCCCAGAAUUCCUCAGCUAGCCAUUACAUGCUGGCUGGGGAAUUCUGGGAGUUGAAGUCCACAAGUAUUAAAGUUGCCAGAUCUCUGGUCUAUAGGAAGAUAUGGAGUAGAUAACAUAGAGGCCAAGGGAAAAUUUAUGCUAGAAGCAUGGCUGUGUAAGGCUCUGUGGUGACAGUUUUCUUAGCUGUGAGUAGGUACACAAUAUAAAAGGUCUGUAAGGGGCGUGCAUAAGCGCACCAGUGUGCCUACCGUCCCUGUCCUAAUGUUUUCUUUUAUUCAUAUCCUUUUCAUGUAUUAAUAAUUACGUUUACACUUGUAUCUGUCAUAAAAUACAUGCUUGACAAAAUAAAUAAAUAAAUAAAUAAAAAUAAA